AUGGAGAUCACACCCUGUAAUGGAUCAGGGGACUCCUCCGUCAUCUUCUACCUUACGGGCAUUCCUUCUCUUCCAAAAUCCCUCUUCCUUCCUAUCUUCUUCAUCUUCCUUCUCCUCUACCUACUCAUCCUAGUGGGCAAUGCCCUGAUCCUGGUGGCCAUGGUGGCAGAGCCCAGCCUCCACAAGCCUAUGUACUUCUUCCUAAUUAAUCUCUCAGCCCUGGACAUUCUCUUUACUACAACCACUAUCCCCAAGAUGCUGUCCCUAUUCCUGCUUGGGGACCGCCUUCUCAGCUUCCCGGCCUGCUUUCUGCAGAUGUACCUGUUCCAUGGCCUCAGCUGCUCAGAAGCCUUCCUCCUGGUGGUCAUGGCCUAUGACCGCUACGUGGCCAUCUGCCGCCCACUGCACUACCCCGUCCACAUGACCCCACAGACUAACGCUGCACUGGCGGCCAGUGCCUGGCUCACCGCCCUCCUCCUGCCCAUCCCAGCAGUGGUCCAGACCUCCCAGAUGGCAUUCGACAACCUUGCCUACAUCUAUCACUGCUUCUGUGACCACCUGGCCGUGGUCCAGGCCUCCUGCUCCGACACCACCCCCCAGGCCCUCAUGGGCUUCUGCAUCGCCAUGGUGGUCUCCUUCCUCCCCCUUCUCCUGGUGCUUCUGUCCUACGCUCACAUCCUGGCCUCGGUGCUUCGCAUCAGCUCCCGAGAAGGACGCUCCAAGGCCUUCUCCACCUGCAGCUCCCACCUCCUGGUGGUGGGCACCUACUACUCGUCCAUUGCCGUGGCCUAUGUGGCCUACAGGGCUGACCUGCCCCUGGACUUCCACAUCAUGGGCAAUGUGGCCUUUGCUAUUCUCACACCUGUCCUCAACCCCCUCAUUUACACACUGAGAAACAAGGAUGUCAAAGCAGCCAUUGCCAAAAUAGCAUGUCCCCAGGAGCCAAAGAACAUUGGGAUUCCCUGA